CGCACCCUGCCGAGGAGGAGGGGAGCUUUGGUAGAAGAACAUACCCAACCCCAGUGAAGAAGAAGAAGAAGAAGAAGAAGAAGAAGAAGAAGCUAGGCAUCACACCAGGCCAGCGAUCAUGAGGAUGAGGACCACCAGCCUCCUCCUUGCCACCGGCGUCAUCGUUGCGGUCAUCUGCGCCGCCGUCGUCACCCCCACACCCAGGUGGAAAUCCUCCGACGACGAUCUGAAGAUCGAAGAGCUCGCAAAGUGGGCGCUGGCGGAGAUGAAGCAAGGCCUCCAGUUGAUCAAUGUGCUCCGUUGCGAGGAGCAAGACCAAGGCGGUCCAGGAAUCAUCUAUCGUAUCAUGCUGGACGCGCUCAACCGCACCGGCGGGAUGGGCCACUUCACAGCGGACGUGUACGAGGAGGCGGCGACCAAAGUGCGCACGCUCCUCUACUUCGGCAUAGCCCGGUAGCAGGUAGCGGCCGGGAUGGGAGGACUAUUUAGGCUAAUGUGAAGAAUUUAAGCCAAUGUUUCCCAUGUGGAUGGAGUAUCAAGCAUGCUUGUCUUUUGUUUCGCACAGUAAUAAGAUGUUGCAAAAAAAUCAGUAAUGCUA